AUGACUUCCCUGGCAGGAGUUUCGGCGCACGAGGGGCAAUCUGGCCAUGAUGAGAUGAGGCAGUUCCAUUCCUCCAUGACUCAUCCAUGCUUGCAUCACAUCCCUCCCUGUCCGCUCUUUACUUCCUCUACUACCCCUGGCAGGGAUUCCGGCGCACGAGGGGAGUUUCGGCGCACGAGGGGCAAUCUGGCCAUGAUGAGGCAACAUGCGGAGCUGCUCUCCUCCUCGCGCCCAUCCACCACUGCCACCGCCGACCUCCUUGUGCCGUCAGGUUCGAGCCAAAGUCAAUUGCUGGAGAGGCGGGCAAUUCACGGCAACAUAGCUCAGAUGGACGAGCUCAUCUCACAUGCAGCCAGCACCAAGGCAGCCUGGUGCGAGGUGCACGAACGAUGCCCGUGCCCCAGAUCCCAUUCUUGCCCCACCCCAUUCCACUUCACCCCACCCUGCCCCUUCCGCACCCUUCAGAUGGACGAGCUCAUCUCACAUGCAGCCAGCACCAAGGCAGCUCUGGCGCCGCAGCGAUCGCUCUUUGCGAGCAUUCAGGGCCGCAUCAAGCUGCUCUCCGACCGCUUCCCUCUGCUCAGAAGCGUGCUGGGUACGUUGCAUCGCUUAGUGGUGCUGGGUACGUUGCAUCGCUUAGUGGUGCUGGGUACGUUGCAUCGCUUAGUGGUGCUGGGUACGUUGUGUCGCUGCCAUUCCCAGGAGCAAGCCCUGCAACACUCUCAUCCCUACAAAUUGCUGCUAGAGAGACGGCUUUUAAGGCACCUCAAAGAAAUUCUGCGCCUCUCUCAUUCCCGGGGGCAGUCGAGUCCUGUGGGCCUUGCAUCCCCUCAUCGCUCCUUGCUCUCCCAUCCCCUCUUCCCAUCCUCCCCCACCCCCUCCUCCCCCACCCCCUCCUCCCCCGCCCGCUCCUCCCCCACCCGCUCCUCCCCCGCCCGGCCCACGCCUGCAAGGGGCCAUUUGGCGAAAAAAGUCGCGCCACACGCUCAUUCUCGGGGUAGUCUAGUUUCACCUUAA